GGAAAAUCUCUCUGCAAAUAUUAAAGAGAUAAUUUGUUCGAAUUCAAUAUUUAAAAGGGAAAAAAAAAUGGUAGGAGAAGCUAGCUUGAUUUAUUUAUUUCUGUUGAUGGUGAAUGUCAAAUUUACAUUAACGAGUAAAUAAAAACCCAUACCUUCGGCCAAUUUGGUGUCGUCGUUCCGAAGUUUCAUUUCUCAAAGCACAAAAUAGUAGCUUUCUCCGACGAUUCAGAUUGUCUCUUUUGGUCUUCCUUCUGUCAUCGCAAAGCUAAUACAAAUUUUUUUUAUCGUCGGAUUUUGCAAUCGAGUUUGUGCGGGUUCUGAAUCUGAUCUGUCAGAAUGUCAAAACCGUCGAAACCAAUCAUCCGAGGUCUGCUCAGACUCCAUUUUUAUAUCCGUCUUCAAGUCAACAAAUCAAAACCCACCUUCGCUAAUGCUUCUUCUUCACUCUCAUCUACAUUUCGCCGCCAUUUCUCAUCAAAUGUCUCCUCAGAGUUUACAACUUUAGCCCCUCGUAUCCACUCUAACCCUCCUGCAAAACCCACCUCUUCAAAUCUCGGUCUAUCUCACAUUCUAUCAACUUCCCCAAAAUACUCUCAUAACACAAGCUUACACCUCGUUAGACCCAAUCACAAACUUUCAUCUGGGUUCAAGUUCUUUUCCUCCAAAACCUCAUCAUUCGGUCAAAAAGUUGAUGGCAGUUUUGCAAAAAAGGUUCUUGAGAAGCCGGCCACAGCGGUUUCCUCUGCUUUUUCAAGGUACCGUGAGGCGAUUGGGUUGCAAAUUGAUGCGUUUUUCAGGAGGAACUAUUUGUUUUUACUAGGGGCUGGAGGUGUUCUAUUGUGUGCUUUACUUUGGAGGAUUAUGUUUGGGAUCGCAAGCACUUUUGUUGGGAUAUCAGAAGGCAUGGCUAAGUAUGGGUUCCUUGCACUUUCUUCUGCUGUUGUAGCCUUUGCUGGCCUCUAUGUCCGCUCAAGAUUCACAAUCAAUCCUGAUAAAGUUUAUAGAAUCGUUAUGACGAGGCUUAACACAUCUGCUGGUAUCCUAGAAGUUAUGGGUGCUCCUCUUUCUGGAUCGGAUUUAAGAGCAUAUGUGAUGUCAGGAGGUGGGCUUACAAUGAAGAACUUCAAGCCAAGAUUGAGGAGCAAGCGUUGUUUUCUCAUUUUCCCAAUACAAGGAUCUGAAAGAAAGGGUCUAGUCAGUGUUGAGGUCAAGAAGAAAAAAGGACAGUAUGACAUGAAGCUGUUGGCAAUUGACAUCCCCAUGGCAUCAGGACCAGACCAGCGAUUAUUCCUGAUUGGAGAUGAAGAAGAGUAUAGGGUUGGUGGUGGAUUGAUCUCACAACUAAGAGAUCCAGUUGUGAAAGCAAUGGCAGCAACCAAAGAAUUUGAUGAUCUUGACAGAAUUGAGGAAGAGGAGGAUGCAGAAAGGGAACUUCAGGAGGCAGAAAGAAAGCACCGUGAAGAAAUUGAAAAACUUGAAAAAGCUGGCAGUCAGUGAUCGCUUUUGUUUCCAUUUUGUUUCACAGUAGAAUUUUCAAGGUUGCCUGAGGCUGACUUUCAGAUAAAUGAAUUUGCAUAUAGAAGCGCUUUCCGUCUGCAUCAGAGUAGUUUUGCAAGGUUAUCAUACCUUGUUAAUCACCAUCGGAUAUUCAACUUUUCAGUGUAAAAGUGGAGAGAAAUAAAAGCUUACAAUCGAGGCAUUGUGCACGAUGACAAACCAUAAAUUCAGUUUUUCUGGGUUGCAAACUCAACCUUUUAUUGUAAGAACAUGCAUUCCCUUUGUUAGUGUUGCCUCUUAUUGAAGCCCA